AUGAAUACAUUUGCCCCUAAUGGUGAAGUGGAUGCAAGAUGGGGAUGGUUCCUGCUCUUCUGGGAUGAAUCCUCAGAGAGGAUGGAGAUGAUGGGAAUGAUGGGCAGGAUGGAAAUGAUGAAAAGGAUGCAAAGGAUGGAAAAGAUAGAAGUGAUGCAAAUGAUGGAAAGGAUGGGAAGGAUGAGAAGGAUGGAAUUGAUGGAAAGGAUAAAAAGGAUGGAAAUGACAGCGCCAGGAAAUGCCCCAUGGAUGUUGGUUGAGAAGCUGCCUCUAAUGUAUGGGAACCGCCAGAUCCGCUGGAACGUGGAGAAACCUGAGAAAAUCUUUUUUCGAGGAAAGGUUCCUGUCUUUUUCUAUCGUACCACUGCGCUCAUAUUGUGGGAAAUGGAUCGAGAAUUGACAGGAUUGCCUCCCCUUGAUCCAGGUGUGAUUGAAAUCCUUCUGUUUCCACCUCUCCUUUCACCUCUCUCCACAUUAAUCAAUGUAUGA